GUAAGACUCCGAGCGACGUGCCUUCUAGCAGUUUCCACAUGUUCCUGGAAGAGCGCAGACGCGCGGCCGAAGGCAGGUGGCAGCGCGCGCAGCUAGACGGGGCGACAUUUCCAUGUGGACGAAAAACGCGGAAGAUUCUGCAGCCAACUCUCAAUCGUAGCCCAGGGACGGAGCCCAAGAGUCCCCCUAAUACCAUGGUCCACAGGGGGAGCGCGCUAGGCGGCCCCGGGGCCCCGGGAGUGCGCGCCCCCGGCCCCAGCCGAGCCCUGGAAGCCGCACCUGGACUCCGGGUCAGGACCUUGACUUUCGUCUGUGCGCUGUGGGUCCUACUUGAGCCAGCCACUGGUGCUAGAGCUUAUUCACCAGAUGACCUUUCAGAAGGAUGGUGUCCUGCAGGCUAUUACCGGACUGAGACUGGGGCUUGCGAGAUGUGCCAGGAGGGUGUGGAUUACACCAACCAUUCCAACAACCUCUCUUCCUGCAUCCCCUGCAGCAUCUGUAGAAAUGAUAAAGAAAAGAAGAGUCCGUGCACCACCACCAGAGAUGCAGAGUGCCAAUGUAAACCAGGCACCUUCCAGGAUCAAAACUCCCCUGAGUUCUGCCGAACGUGCUCGGACCGCUGCCACGGUGAGAUGGUGGAGGAGAGUCCCUGUGUCCCCUGGAGUGACCGCAAAUGUGUCCACAAAGACUCAGGUACCAAGGCCAUCAGGGAAACCCUGGCUUCUGCAGAGCCAGUGACAGCCAACGUCAGCAUUACUGCCUCUGUCCAUCCCUCCUCAGACCGUAGAGUCGGAUAUAUCGUGCUGGGCCUGGGCCUGUUUCUGGCUAUGGUUGCUGUAAUUUUUCUGCCUUGGAUUACGUGGAGGUUUUCAAGGAGGAAGAAGAUAUUCAAAUGUAUAAAGAACAUCUUUCCAAGCUGUGGACAAGACUCUCAGCACGUGGACACAGUCUCUAUCCCAAGAAAGCUUGAAGCUCAGGACAAUGACCACAAUGAGAUCCUAGCCAGCACGAACUCACCAUCCACCGUGGACUCUGAGCAGCAAAGGAAUGAACAACAGCUGGUGACACGUGUCACUGAAGAGUUCCCAGAGGAGGAAACAAGUCUGCUGAGACCUGCAGAAACAGAGAGGUCUCCGAUGAGAAGGAGGCCACUGGUUCCAGUAGAGGGAACUGAUACCAUUGAGACCAUUCGGCAGUUCUUCAGUUGCCAUCAGAACGUUGUACCCUAUAAAUCCUGGUAUAAACUCAUGCGGGUGCUGGGCCUUACAGAUAAUGAAAUUCUUGUGAUCAAAGAUGGAAUACAGAACCCGGAAGAUUGCUUGUAUGAGAUGAUGGUAAAAUGGCUCAACAAAAUGGGGCACAGUGCCUCCAUCAACACCGUGCUGGAUGCCUUGGAAACAAUUGGCGAGAGAAAUGCAAGGGAGAAAAUCGAGGACUACAUGGUGAAUUCCGGAAAAUUUAUCUAUCAGGAAGAUGGAGCAGAUCCUGCAAGGUCGCUUCUUUAGAAAGGCAAAUGUUCCCUCCUUUGUCUUUUCUCCCCUCAAAAAAAAAGCCACUUGAACACAAGAAAGUAGGAAAUAAUCAAACUUCCACAUGACAAGAUCUGGAGCGCUUUCUUAAUUCUUGUGCAUUUGAAGAAUGAAACCCUUGGACCAAGAUGACUGUGUGUAACAGAAAGAUGUAUUGAAGCACAGGAAGGGACCUCCUGCAGUACAAGAGGGGCCCUAAUAGUAGGCUUUCUCCUGCUGAGUGUGCUAGUCUAUGGGUUUAUAUAGCACUUGGUUUGCUGCUAUAGGACUUGAAAACUACUAAAGCCAUUGCUAAUUCUUGAGUUCCAACUUUCUUUCAAGUCUGCCCCACUUCCAGCCUAGUGUGGGGCUGCAGCAGGUGUCUGUACUGUGCCCAGGCCUGGCCUCUGAAGGAUGACAGGUCGGUGUGCCUUGGCUUGCCUGGGUACUGGCUUUCUGUCCUGCCUAUGGGGGCCACUCCAUGGGCCGCAGGCAGCGCUUGCCAACCGCACUCGGACACACUUGGCUGCUCCACAUCUGCUCCUCGGCUGGGACCAGUAGGCUGGCUGCAUAUAGCUUGGCAGCUGGGGGAAAGCCGUACCAUUAAGACGUACGGCUCUUUUUUUUUUUUUAAGUGGCACUUUUUUAUUCUAAUACAUCUUAAUUUUUCCUUGUAACUAUGUUUACGUGUUUACAUUAACUUGUUUCUGUCAUUAUUUAUGUGUUUUUGUAAUUUGGUAUGUUAUAAUGUAAGUGUUUGACGAGAAUUCUUCUUCCUAAUAUGCACUUUGAUUUAAUGACUCUUCAGUGUUUAACCCAGUCUUUUAAACUUAUAAACUUAUUUAUUUUCUGUUGGUGUUGGGGAUCACUCAGGGCCUUGCACAUGCUAGUCAAGAGCUCUACCACUGAUCAUCUCCAAACUUUAAAUAUGACACUUCUGUAAGUGUGUGAAUAGUUCUUUUAUUUACAGAAGAUGUAGCAAGAUCUUGGGGAGAACUAUAUUCUUCUGAAAUCCUGACCUGGGCAGGGACCUUUGUUCCCUCCUCUAUUGUUGGAAAGUGGGGUGGGAGAUGGGUUAGAUCAGAGGUGGUUCAUGUUAUUGAACUCUUGAGACCUCUCUGAACCUGGGGAAGAGGAGAGGGAACCUGUCCUUGAUGUCUGCCUUGGUCUCAGAAAAGAACAAUAGGCAGCACUCAUGAAUGUGAAAUAUUUGCUUACUAGACUACAUGGUACCUCUUACUUGUGAAUCUGAGCCCCAGAGCUGCAUUUUGGGGUACAGAGUUGUACUUGAGAACCCAAGACCUCUAUAUGCACAGAGGGCUUCUGGAUAUGACAUUCAACUCAGAAACACAGAUUCUUAAAUUCUGAUAUAGAAAGACCUAAAAUGGCUUUGGGCAUUUUGUCCUGGCUUUCUCCUCUAUAUUUAAUUCCUCAUGAACUAUUGGAGACUACCUUCCAGCAAAACCUUCUCCAGAGCAUUCCAGUCACAGAAGGACAAAUUCAUGGAGAUGGUAGUUCUCAUCUCAAGGCAUUGAAUGUUUUCCCAUUUCAGGGCUUGUAUGACUCGCCAAAGCUAGAGGCACAUUAAGGAUGUGGCCUCUGCAGGAGGAUUGCAAGUCCAAAGCCAGCCUCAGCCAAAGGGAGGUGCUAAGCACCUGAGUGAGACCCUGUCUAAAUAAAAUACAAAAUAGGGCUGGGGCUGUGGCUCAGUUGUCGAGUGCCCCUGAGUUCAAUCCCGGGUACCCUCACCCCAAAAAAGGGAUAAGAUGUGGCCUCUGAGUCCUCAAAGAACUAGAAAUGGAACCACCAUUUGACCCAGUUAUCUGACUCCUUGGUUUAUACCCAAAGGACUUAAAUCAGUGUACUACAGUGACAUGGCCACAUCAAUGUUUAUAAGUAGCUCAAUUCACAAUAGCUAAGCUAUGGAACCAACCUAGCUGCCCUUCAACAGAUGAAUGGCUAAAGAAAGUGUACAUAUGUAUAUAUACACAAUGGAAUACUACUCAGCCACAAAAGAACAAAAUUAUGGCAUUUGCCAGUAAAUGGAUGGAACUGGAGACUACCAUGUUAAGUGAAAUAAUCCAAUCCCCCAAAACCAAAGGCCAAAUGUUAUGCAGAUAGUAACUCACAAUAAGCAGCUCUGCGGUUGUGGUGGGAAAUACGAGUUCACUGGAUUAGACGGGAAUAAAGGGGAGGGAGUAGGAAAGACAGCUGAAUGAGACACAACUUUCCUACAUUCAAAUACGGACACACAACCAGUGUAACCCACAUCAUGUACGACCACAAGCAUGGGAAGUCAUACUCCAUGUGUGUAUAAUAUGUAUAACUAAAAAGAAAUAAAAAAUAUUUUUAAAGAA